AUGGAGGGGCCCCAGAGGGAGUUUCGUGACGGUGUAGUCCCAGCUUUACCAGGGCGCGACCGCCUUUCAAGUUGGGCCCAGAGCGAAAAGGUGGUCCCGACCACGCGUCCAGGCUUCCUCAGAGAGGCGCAAUCCCCUCAGGCAGGACCUGCAUCGAGCGCCCCAUCAGGGAUCCACCAUUCCUCAGGUGUCCGAUCUGCAGCUGAACGCCCCACGGCGAAUGCAGGUAACGCUAUUACUGAGGCAGUCGCCCCUCCAGUCCCCAUGCCUGCUCCCAUCACAUCGCCCACCUCGAUCACUACGAAAGACUGGACGCUCUCUGGAUUGCUGGAGAAUAGCAACUUUCAGCUGGUUCAUCGGGUCUCCAUACACGACGAGUUAUGGCCUACAAAGGCCGACGAAGCCGAGCGCCAGGGAAUACCACUCAUUGUUGAAGGUUGGCAUACAGACCCGAGGUGGUGCGGGGCCUUCGACGCGGACCGGCUCGUAGCAAAAGAUGGAGAUACUGUGCUCUCGGCGCGUAACGUUCAGAACUACAAAGACAUAGACAUGACACUCUCCGACUUCGUCGAGCACUCCCGUACGACUUCGCGCUUCACGACAGGAGACCCGCCUCUCUAUGCCAAGGAUGUCGAUUGCCCUCAGGAGUGGAGGGACUGGCUUUACUCUGAUGUAAUCCCGCCAGAACUACAACCAGGCGGAUCCAAAGACCUAUUGGCACAUCUUCCUCAUUCUGAACGAGUUGAGACUAUCAUGUGCUAUUAUGGGAUCGGCGACACCUUCACGCCUUGCCAUAAAGAUCUCUGUGGAUCCACGGGACAUAACCUCAUGUGCCACACAGAGGACGGCAGUUCGUUCUGGUUCAUGACCGCUUCGGAUGUCGCCCCGGAGGUUGCGAAAUAUUUCCAGGAGACGCUGGGGCAAGAGUUGGACUGGGAGAACCAUGCAACGACCAUCGAUGAGCUGAGGGACGCCCCAUUUCCCGUAUACGUCGCGGAGCAAAAACUUGGUGAUUUGUUCAUCAUUCCGCCUAGAAGCUGCCAUCAAGUGGUCAACCAUGGCGGUCUUACAAUGAAGCUGUCGUGGUCAAGAAUAACGGUCAAGGGACUGACGACGGCUUUGUUGUACGAAUUGCCCAUCUACCGACGGGUCUGCCGACCAGAGAUUUAUCGCACUAAGUCAGUCUUGCACCACUCGCUCCGUCACUACACCAAGGAGCUCGAGUCAGUAGCCCAGGUAUCCCCCUCCGAAGCUCGCAGAAUGACCAGAGACACUGCUGUGCUGGACUUAUUGGUGUCGCUCUUUGAUGGCGUGCUUCGCGAAGAGUACGGCGAGCCGGUGGAUAAUGUUGACGACGGAGGCGCAGUUCACAAUGUCCGCUCUCAACCACCGCCAACAUCGCCGUCUUCGCGCUCCCAUGCAGCCAACGAGCAACCAUGUACGUUCGCUUGCGACUUCUGUGGAGCCGAUAUCUUCCAGAGCUACUUCAAGUGCGACUCAUGUUGUCAACAACAAAACCGAGGUGACUGCCUGGUGAUAUGCUCCACUUGCUACGUCGAAGGGCGAACCUGCAAAUGCACCAACAUGGUCCCUACACAACGCUGCAAGACGCAAGAUCUCAUCAACGACCGGAAUAGGGCUGUUCGCAUCCUCCGACAACUGGGCGCAGGCGAAGAUUCGCAUACAGCUGUUCUUACACCGAGGUGA